AUGGGGCUGUUCGGGAAGAAAGUCACCCCAAGCAGUCCUGCUGAGGAUGUCGACGCCAUUGUCGAGGCUCCGAGUCACGAUGCGGAAAAGCAGCAGCCCAUGCACAAGGAAGAAACCCACACCGCGCUCCCGCAGAUGCCUCAAACUACAAUGUCGAUAGAUCCUGCAUUGGAAGCUCGAGUGCUGAGAAAGUUGGACCUCAGAGUUCCGACCUUGCUAGGGUUUCUUUAUCUCUUAUCGCUGCUCGACAGGAGCAACAUCGGGAAUGCCAAAAUUGCGGGAAUGGAAGAGGAUCUCAACCUCACGGGAAAUCGAUACUCAUGGCUCCUGACAAUCUUCUACAUUUCGUAUACUCUUUUUGAGUUCCUGGCGCUGAUGUGGAAGAUAAUGCCUCCGCACAGAUGGGCAGCUAUUACCGUCCUGAGUUGGGGUAUUGUGGCAACUUGUCAGGCGGCAGUGCAGAAUUGGGGAGGAUUGAUGGCCCUGCGGUUUCUGUUGGGCAUGUCGGAAGCUGCCUUCGGCCCAGGAAGUCCAUACCUGCUAUCAUUCUUUUAUCGGCGCCAUGAGUUAGGACUUCGAUGCGGCAUGUUUUUGUCGGCAGCCCCUUUGGCAAACACCUUUGCAGGCGCUCUCGCUUAUGCUAUCACCUCCGGCCAUGCUAAGAUAGCGAAUUGGCGGCUGUUGUUCCUGGUGGAAGGGAGCCCGUCACUCUUGGCGGCCAUUCUGGCUUGGUUUUACCUGCCAGAUCACCCGUCGUCCGCACGUUUCCUGACCGAAGAAGAGAAAGAAGUCACACGGGCCAGAUCGCUUCGACGGAGUGGUGAGAGCGAGCGAGUUAGUGGGAUCGACUGGAAAGAAUUAGGCCAUACUUUGCUGGAUGCGAAGGCGUGGAUCUUGGCAUUCAUGUACUUCAGCUGCAACGUGAGCUUCUCAUCAUUGCCCGUUUUUUUGCCGACGAUCCUGGAAGAUAUGGGGUUUACCUCCAUCAACGCUCAGGGGCUGACGGCACCGCCAUUCUUUGCGUCCUUCCUCGUCACGAUCGCUACGACAUGGGUUGCUGAUCGGAUUCAGCAGCGGGGCCUGGUGAUUGCUUGUGCCUCUCUAGUCGGUGCUGUUGGCUACGUAUUACUUGCGGCUUGCAACUCUGUUGGCGUUCGCUACCUUGGCGUGUUCCUUGCUGCUAUCGGGGUGUUCCCGUCUAUCGCCAACAUUCUUCCCUGGGCUCUGAACAACCAAGGCUCGGAUAGCCGACGAGGCAUGGGCAUUGUCAUUCUGAACGUCAUCGGCCAGUGUGGUCCCUUUUUGGGGACCAAUGUUUUCCCAUCCAGCGAUUCACCUCGCUACACUCGCGGGUUGUCUAUCUGCGCCGCUUUCAUGUUUUUCAACACGAUUCUUGCACUGUCUUUGCGAGUUCUCCUGGCCUGGGAGAAUCGCCGUUUGGAUCAGCGGUAUGGUGCAGUGGCGGAAUGGACAGCUGGGGCCAAGGAUAAUACGGCUGUGGGGGAGGAGAAUUAUGGGGCGGGCUUCCGAUAUGUGUUCAACGGCAUCCGCUUCUCAAUCACCGACCUCUCCCCCCCCACCGCCCGCCUCCUGCCCACCGUCUACCAAUCCCGCGCCGCAAUUUCUCUCUACGAUGCCCAAUUCUCCCCGCAGACAGAAACAGAAACGCGAACGCGAACGCAAACGCGGGGCCCGAUCCCGGACACAACCAUCGCCCAAGUCCUCGACCACCUGCGCCACUUCCAAUCCACAUGCAGCGACUUCGGGGUGAGGGCGACCAACAUCCACGUGCUGGCGACGGAGGCGACGCGGACGGCGCCGAACGCGGCGGCGUUCUGUGGUGCGAUCCGCGCGCACACCGGCUGGGAGGUGCGGCUGCUGACCAAGGAGGAGGAAGGGCGGAUUGGCGCCUUGGGGGUCGCGAGCUCUUCGGCGAGGGUGGCCGGGAUCGCCAUGGAUUUGGGCGGCGGGAGUACCCAGAUUACGUGGGUUGUGGAGGAGGACGGUGGGGCAGUGCGGACGAGUCCUCGGGGCGCGUUCAGUUUUCCGUACGGCGCGGCGGCGUUGGGUCGGUUGCUUCGGGAGGCUGAGGCUGAGGCUGAUACCAAGUCGAGCGAUGAUGGAACGACGGCGUUGGGGGCGCUCAAGGCCGAGAUGACCCGCCAGUUCCAGACGGCGUAUCGCGAGCUCGAGGUGCCAGAUUCCCUUUUGCUCGGGACCCAGGGGGAAGGAGGCUGCCAACGCAGUCUAUAUCUCUGCGGCGGCGGGUUCCGCGGCUGGGGGUACGUGCUCAUGAAGACGUACUCCGACAAACAGAGCGAGGGCGAGGGCGAGGCGUACCCGAUCCCCAUCAUCAACGGGUUCCGGGUCCCGCGGGCGGAAUUCCACGACACCGCCGCGGUGCUGCAGGAAGUUGCAGACACCAACACUACUGCAACCACCACGACGACCAAAAUCUACGGCGUGUCGCGGCGCCGCGCCGCGCAGAUCCCCGCCGUCGCGUUUUUGGUGAACGUCAUCAUGGACGCGCUGCCCGCCGAGGCCAUCACGCACAUCCAGUUCUGCCAAGGCGGCGUCCGCGAGGGCUUCCUGUACGACCGGCUCCCGCCGGCGGUGCGCGCCCAGGACCCCCUCCUCGCCGCGACGCGGCCGUAUGCGCCGCCGUCGGCGGACGUGCUGCGCGAUCUGCUGCGGGCGGCGCUGCCGGACACGCCGUCACCGCGGGACGCGGACUCGUUCCAUCUGCCCCAGUCAUUCUGGGCGACGAAUCUGCUGGCGGCGCUGGCGGAUUUGCUGUUCGCGCAUGCGAAGGUGCCCCGCGAGUCGCGCGCCGCCGCCGCGCUGCAUAGCACCGCGACGGGGAUCCUGGCGGCCACGAACUGUCUGUCGCAUGUGGAGCGCGCGCUGAUCGCGCUGGUGCUCUGUGAGCGCUGGGACGGGGAGCUCGCCCCGACCGAUGAGGCGUACCAGCGGCAGCUGGUGCGGUGCGUGUCGCGCGAGGAGGCGUGGUGGUCUCGGUACCUGGGGCGCGUGGCGGCCUUGGUCGGGGAUGUGUAUCCUGCCGGCCGGGAGCCGGAGGAGGGCCGUUGGAGGGUGCGGUUCGAGACGGAGUGGAGCGCGGUCGUGAAGAAACAGGGAAGGGAAGUGCGCGACGUGCUGCACCUGACGGUGCGGCGUGGGGACGCUGCCACUACGUCCAUGCUACAGGAGAUACUGACGGACAGGGCGGACGGCUUGGAGAAGGUGGGCAAGAAGAAGAAUUGGGUUCAUGGGCGCGGGGUGAAGGUCAAGGUCACUGUCGUGUAG